AUGGCAUUGACGAAUCUCGGACACGGAAGGACUGUCACUUCAUGUGAGGGGAUGGAAGUUGAUCUGAGCGCAGCUAGACCUCAUGAGCUACCGGAUUCGCUAGGGAUCGAAGCUACACCAGGAGAAUUUCAUCCAACUUCUACACCUCAACCGGUGAAAGCCCCAGAGAAAGAGCUUGCGCAUGAUAAAGUAACGACAGCUCAGCUGCGGCCAGCUGGCUCUUCCGACCUCGAGAUCCCAUCCGGGAGCCCUUCAUCCAUGAAACCAAAACGCUUUCUACCUUUACUCGUGGCUGCGAUCAUAGUAGCUGUCAUAGUAUUGGCACUUGCUAUACCUUUGGCACUACGGCUGAAAAAGCCUUUCAAGCCGAGCUCACCCGCCAACUCAAAAUCUACCGCUCGGGUCCAGGACGAAUUGCCCACCUCCGGAGCUUUUAAUGGAACUGGCCUAGCAUUUAUAGCUUUGGAUCUCACUGACGUACCUGAUGUCAGUCUUUUCUAUCAAGACUACGAUGCCCGGAUUCGCCGGCUACACAGCAUCGAGCUUUCACCAUUUGUCGGUGGCUUCCCCAUUGUUGCCUCAAACGCAAGAAAUACCACACCGCUGACGACUCUCACCUACCCGGCUAGUAAUGGGGAGUUGAAUGUAAGAUUGACCUCACACUAA